AUGUCUGGCCGUGGAAAGGGUGGUAAGGGACUCGGAAAGGGAGGUGCAAAGAGGCAUAGGAAGGUUCUCCGCGAUAACAUCCAAGGUAUCACAAAACCAGCUAUUCGGAGGUUGGCAAGAAGAGGUGGUGUCAAGAGAAUCAGUGGUUUGAUCUAUGAAGAAACCAGAGGAGUUCUCAAGAUCUUCUUGGAAAACGUGAUUCGCGAUGCUGUUACCUACACUGAGCAUGCGAGGAGGAAGACUGUUACUGCCAUGGACGUUGUCUAUGCUCUCAAGAGACAGGGAAGAACCUUGUACGGAUUCGGUGGUUGA